AUGCUGACAGGUUGGCUGUCGUACCCAGCCAGCGCGGGAUCCAGCGCAAGCGACCAAAAGUCCCCAGCUCCCGAGGAUGAUGAUAUCCUCGUGGUUGAGCCCGAACAGGGCAAUGUCCUCACUCACAUCAUCUCCCAGCUUCGACCGGGUGCCGACCUGGGUCGAGUCACCCUGCCGACGUUCAUUCUCGAACCACGCAGUAUGCUCGAAAGAAUAACAAACUUCAUGUGCCACCCGGAGAUGCUCCUCCCCAUUCCCGAAAUCGACGACCCCGUGCAACGAUUCGUCUCCGUCGUCAAGUUCUACCUGAGCGGCUGGCACAUCCGUCCUCCAGGCGUCAAGAAACCCCUGAACCCCGUCCUUGGCGAGAUCUUCACCUGCAGCUGGGACUUGCCCGACAAGUCGAAAGCCUACUACAUCUCCGAGCAGACCUCCCACCACCCGCCAAAGUCGAGUUAUUUCUACAUGGUCCCCGGCCACCAUAUCCGAGUCGACGGCACCCUGAAGCCCCGGAGCAAGUUCCUCGGAAACUCCGCCGCCAGUAUGAUGGAAGGCACUGCUGUCUUGACCCUCCUGAACCGGGGCGUGGACAAGACCAAGGGAGAGAAAUAUAUCCUGACCCAACCCAACAUGUACGCGAGAGGCAUCCUUUUCGGCAAAAUGAAAUACGAGCUGGGAGACCACAGCUACGUACGCUGUCCGGAGCUCGACUUGGUUGCCGACGUCGAAUUCAAAGUGAAGGGCUGGGUCGGAGGUACCUACAACGCCAUCGGCGGUUAUGUGAAGAGGGAAAGCACCGGCGAGAUCCUCUAUGAGCUGUCAGGCCUGUGGAGUGGGGAGAUGUUCAUCCGAGACGUCAAGACCGGAGUGAGGGAAAUGUUCUUCAACGCCUUGGAAGCGAAACCGAGCAAUCCACUUGUGCGGCCCAUCGAGGAGCAAGGAGACCGAGAAUCCCAGAGGCUAUGGCAGAAGACGACCCAAGCCGUGAGAGACCGCGACCACGACCUUGCCACCGACGAGAAGACCAAGGUAGAGGACCGGCAGCGCAGGGAGCGGGAGAGUCGUCUUCGCGACGGCGUGGAGUGGCAUCCACGGCUCUUCCGGCGCGUCAAGGGCGGUCCGGGCGGGUCCGAGGAGGGCAUCGAGGAACUCGAAUGGAUCAUCAACGCUAAGAUUGAUGGAUCCACGCCCGGGGCAGUUGCCGAGCAGAUUAUGAACAUCUACCCCAUCGUGGAGGGCCAGGAGUUUUCUCAGGUGAAUGCCAUCCCGCCGCACAAGCCUGGCGCUUCGUCUUCCGAGUCAGCGACGGGGACCUCGACGGAGCCUGCUCAAGACCGUGAUGCUGAAACGGCGCCCGAGGGAGGAUAUUCGCCAAAGGAGAUUCAGACCAUGCUGAGUGAGACCGGGACGGCCAUACAAACCGAUGAGCCGCUCCUGGACUUGGCCGGGGAAGUGAAGAAAUGA